AUGGCUGCCAAGUACGAAGUCAGAUCAAUCAGCCUGCCCUCAAGAUCACACCCAACCACUAUUAGAGUUGAAGAAGAGCUGAGUAGGCGCCAAACAUCUUCAGCUUCUGCUUCAAUAUGCAAAGUUCUAUGUGGACUAGAGGAGUUGCUCUUGGACAUAUGUGGCAUCACAAGGGACGCCAUGUCACAAAUCAAGGAACAUGUUAGAGACCUUCAAUCUGCUCUUAGGAGGAGAAAGGGAGACUCGAACAUAGAAAGCAGCAUUGCAAGUUACAAUUGCUUCAGAAAGAAGAUGAAGAAGGAUACUAAGAAAUUGAUCACAUCAUUGAAAAAAGUAAACAACAAAGCAUCACAACGUAUGGUGCAUGAUCAGCGUGCUCCUGCGGUGGUUCGAGUUCUUAGAGAAGUUUUUGGUAAGAAUGUGUCUAUCUUUCAAUCCCUAUUGGUCUUCUUCGCAGUUCCAGUUUCAAGGCCGAUAUCAAACAAGAGGUCUCUGGUAUCAAAGUUCAUGCACAAGGGAGUGAUAACAUGUGAAGAUCAGAAGGAGGACAUUCAUGGCCAUGAGUUGGAUGGUGUUGAUGCUGCUCUCUACUCUCUAUGCAAAUCUUCAUCAGCUCCUACGGAAGGUACUAAUGUUGAGAAGAUUCAAAAUGCACAUAAACAAUUGGAGGCUUUGGAAGUCACCGUUGAAGGCCUUGAGAAGGGUUUGGAGAGCGUUCUUAGGCGCUUGAUUAAAACAAGAGCUUCUCUUUUGAACAUAAUCUCACAAUGA